AUGAGGGAGAAAGCCAUGGCUCCCUCAGAGACUACUCCGCUCCUUGUUGUUAGCGUCGCUCCACAGCGAUAUCGAUAUCCCCAUCAUACCUUGCGGCGGGUAUGCAGCUUUUCCUUGAGCCUGAUUCUUUUCGUUGGCUUGAUCCUGUUCUUAAUUCCGUUUGCCAUCCUGCCCCGCGAGCACGGCUCUCUAUGGUCGUAUCUCCCCGGUGCCAACCCGUUCCCAUACGCGUCAUGGCCCAACAGUCCCGGCCUCACGUAUGAGCAGCUGCAGGCUGUCCUUCAGAGCACUCCAUCAGCCGCCAAAGCCCGUGAAUGGAGCAGUUAUUACACGGCAGGUCCGCACCUAGCAGGCAAAAACCUCAGCCAAGCUCUCUGGACCCGCGAGAAGUGGCAAGAGUUCGGCGUGGUGGACACGGAAAUCGUCGCUUAUGAUAUCUACAUCAACUAUCCUGUAGAUCAUCGUCUGGCUCUGCUGAAGAAGGACGGUGAUAAAAUCGAGGUCACUUUCGAAGCUUCUCUGGAAGAGGACGUCCUUGAAGAGGAUCACACGAGUGGUCUUCCCGAUCGCGUGCCUACUUUCCACGGUUAUUCCGCCAGUGGGAACGUCACCGCUCCUUUCGUCUAUGUCAAUUUCGGGACGUACCAUGAUUAUCAGGACCUCAUUGAUGCCAAUGUCAGUUUGUCGGGCAAAAUUGCUAUUGCAAAGUAUGGUCGCAUCUUUCGUGGGCUGAAGGUGAAGCGGGCACAGGAGUUGGGUAUGGUCGGUGUGAUAUUAUACGAUGAUCCUCAGGAAGAUGGAGAUAUUACGGAGGACAAUGGCUUCAAACCUUACCCUGAGGGACCUGCUCGGAAUCCCAGCGCCGUGCAGAGAGGAAGUGCGCAAUUUUUGAGCAUCGCUCCCGGUGAUCCCACGACUCCCGGCUACCCGUCUAAGCCCGGCUGCGAAAGACAAGAUCCCAAUAAUACAAUCCCGUCUAUUCCUUCCCUGCCCGUCUCCUAUCAGGAAGUGCUCCCUUUCCUAAAAGCGCUGAAUGGACAUGGUCCCAAGGCAUCUGAUUUCAACAAAUGGUGGCAAGCUGGGAAGCUCGGAUCGAAGGGUGUAGAAUAUAACAUUGGGCCUUCUCCAGAUGACGUUGUCAUCAACCUGUACAAUGAGCAGGAGUAUAUCACGACUCCGCUAUGGAAUGUCAUCGGUACCAUCAAGGGAGCCAUUCAGGAUGAAGUUGUGAUUCUGGGCAAUCAUCGUGACGCCUGGGUUGCUGGUGGAGCCGGGGAUCCGAACAGUGGAUCCGCCGUGCUCAACGAAGUCAUUCGCAGUUUCGGCGAGGCUCUGAAGGCAGGAUGGAAGCCAUUGCGCACUAUUGUCUUUGCUAGCUGGGACGGCGAAGAGUAUGGAUUGAUUGGGUCUACUGAGUGGGUUGAGGAUAUGCUUCCGUGGCUGUCGAAGUCGGCGGUUGCUUACCUUAAUGUUGAUGUCGCCGCGGCCGGGACCCACUUGCAACCCAAGGCGAGUCCGCUUCUCAACAAUGUAAUCUACGAGGUGACCGGAUUGGUCCAGUCGCCCAACCAGACAGUGGAAGGCCAGACAGUGAGGGAUACCUGGGAUGGCCGAAUUGCUACCAUGGGGAGUGGUAGCGACUUCACUGCGUUCCAGGAUUUUGCAGGCAUCCCCAGUUACGAUCUGGGUUUCAACCCUGGUCCCAACGACCCUGUAUAUCAUUAUCACUCCAACUACGAUAGUUUCGACUGGAUGGAACGAUUCGGGGACCCUGAUUGGCUGUAUCACGAAGCAUGCACUAAGAUUUGGGCUCUGGCUGCGGCUAAACUGGUGGAGACUCCUGUGCUUGCCUUUAACGCUACGGACUAUGCUAUGGGCCUCAGCACAUACUUGGAUAAGAUUCGGCCUGCGGCGGAGCGACUGCCUGGCCAUUCAUCGUUCGACUUUGGGCCACUGGACAAAGCGAUUGCGCGGCUCCAGAAAAGGGCUGCGAAAUUUGACGCCGAAGCCGCAGAGCUGACCUCGCAGUUGGACGAGAAUCUUCCGUGGUGGCUCUGGUGGAAGAAGGUGAGACUGUACUUCUUGAUCCGCGGGGUCAAUGACAAGUACAAGAUCAUUGAGCGCAAGUUUCUGUAUCAGCCAGGCUUGGACGGGAGAAAUUGGUACAAGCACGUCGUGUUUGCGCCUGGCAUCUGGACUGGAUACUCAGGCGCGACAUAUCCUGGGCUGGUGGAAAGUCUGGAGGCAGGAGAUUUGGAAAAUGCAGAGAAAUGGCGCGAUAUCAUCCGUGAGCGAAUCGAAGAUGCCACGGACCUGUUGCAAUAA